CAAAGAACCAUACCGACGGAUCGGAUCCAUGUUCCAUCUAUCAACAGCAGCAGAACACUGCAUUCUUUGCAGUUUUACGCAGAAAUGUGGAGAAAAGCAGUGUCUUCAAUCCCCCAUAGACUUUUCUCCUCUUCCUCCACAACUGAAAUCCCAACUCUUUACUCUUUCCUCCAACCUUCAGUUUUCGCCUUAAAACCGAACCAACAACCAAAACAACCCCAAGACUCCAAUUCUCAAACCAAAGCCCUAACUGAAGACCAAAAAAUCUCUCUCGAAACCACCCUUGAGAAAUCCCUUAUCACUCAAAACACUGAUGAAGCCUGGAAAUCCUUCAAGGCUCUUACCAACAGCUCCACUUUUCCCAAUAAGCCCCUCACUAACUCCCUUAUUACCCACUUGUCUUCCUUGAAAGACACCCAUAAUCUCAAAAGGGCAUUUGCCUCUGUAGUUUUUGUCAUUGAAAAGGACCCAAAGUUGCUAUCUUUUGAAACUGUGACUACCCUUUUGAGUUCAAUGAAUUUUGCCAACACUGCUGCCCCUGCUUUUGCUCUUAUAAAAUGUAUGUUCAAAAACAGGUAUUUUAUCCCUUUUGGCUUGUGGGGCGAUACACUUGUUUAUAUUAGUAGGAAAAAUGGUAGCUUUGUUGCAUUUUUGAGGGUUUUUCAGGAAUGUUGUAGGAUUGCAAUUGAUGAGAAAUUAAAUUGUAUGAAACCUGAUUUGGCUGCUUGUAAUGCUGCUCUAGAGUGUUGUUGUUAUGAACUUAAAUCCGUUUCGGAUGCUGAAAAAGUUGUAGAAACUAUGUCAGUUUUAGGGGUUCGGCCUGAUGAAUCCAGUUUUGGGUUUCUUUCUUAUUUGUAUGCAUUGAAAGGGCUUGAAGAAAAGAUAGAUGAGUUAGAAAAUUUGAUGGUUGAGUUCGGUUUUUUGAAUAAAAAGGUGUUUUACAGUAGUUUGAUUGGCGGGUAUGUUAAGUCAGGCAAAAUAGACUUAGUUUCAGCAACAGUUUUGCGUAGUUUGAGAGAAGGUAAUGGGAAAGAUUUGGAUUUCAGUGAUGAAACUUAUUGUGAAGUGGUUAAAGGGUAUCUUGAAAAUGGGGUUAUCAAGAGUUUAGCUAGUUUGAUCAUUGAAGCUCAAAACUUAGAGUCUUCCAUGGUUGAGGUUGACAAGUCUAUUGGAUGUGGCAUCAUUAGCGCUUGUAUUAAUCUUGGAUUAUCAGAUAAGGCGCACAGCAUUCUUGAUGAAAUGAAUGCUCAGGGAGGUUCUGUGGGGCUUGGAGUUUAUGUGCCUAUAUUAAAGGCUUACUGCAAGGAUCAUAGAACUGCUGAAGCUACUCAAUUAGUUAUGGAUAUUAGUGGUUCAGGGCUUCAGUUGGAUGCAGGUAUGUAUGAUGCACUGAUAGAAGCAUCCAUGACGAGUCAGGAUUUUCAGUCUGCUUUUACAUUGUUUAGGGAUAUGAGAGAUGCAAGACUACCUGAUUUGAAAGGGAGUUACCUUACUAUAAUGACAGGUCUGAUGGAGAAUCAAAGACCUGAGUUGAUGGCUGCAUUUGUAGAUGAAGUUGUUGAGGACCCUCGCAUUGAAGUAAAAACUCAUGACUGGAACUCAAUUAUUCAUGCUUUUUGUAAAGCUGGGCGAUUGGAAGAUGCUAGGAGGACUUUCAGAAGAAUGACCUUCCUGCGGUUUGAGCCUAAUGAUCAAACAUUUUUGUCCCUGAUUAAUGGUUAUGUGACUGCAGAGAAAUAUUUCAGUGUUUUGAUGCUAUGGAAUGAAGUUAAACGGAAAAUUUCAGGGGAUGGAGAGAAAGGCAUCAAGUUUGAUCACAACUUAGUUGAUGCAUUCUUAUAUGCUCUUGUUAAAGGGGGUUUCUUUGAUGCAGUGAUGCAAGUUGUGGAGAAGUCUCAAGAGAUGAAAAUUUUUGUGGAUAAGUGGAGGUACAAGCAAGCAUUCAUGGAGAAGCAUAAGAAGCUUAAAGUGUCAAAGUUGAGGAGAAGGAGCUUCAGGAAAAUGGAGGCACUUAUUGCUUUCAAGAAUUGGGCUGGUCUGAAUGCAUAAAUGUCGGCAGUACUCCCGAAACAGAGACGAAAUUCAAUUCUCAGAGAAUUCAACUUGUCUUGAGGCAUCAGUACCAUGAAUUUUUUGUGCUACAUUUGUUCAGUUCAAAUGUGGAGAUUCCUACGAAAUUGAAAGCUCACUUUAAAUAUGAAUAUGUCUAGGAAAUUGAAAGCCUCUGGUGUUUUGUUCGAUUAUGUGAAUUCAUCAUUUCAUUGGUAAUUCCUACUUGCCUUUCGCUUCUGCAGUUGUACAGGCCCACUGCAAUGCUGGUAGAUGUGCCGUGAUUGUUUUGAUUGAGAAGAGUUUGAAUCUGGUGCAAGUUCAAUAGUUGAUCUGACGGUGUUAGUCAGGUUUCUCUGCUGCUUGGUGCUAAAGUACACUUGAGAGGAAAUAUUUCUUAUAGGAUAUGAAAGGCCAAUUCUUUACCCAAUACUGACAGAGGAUUUGGGAACUCUAAUUCUGAGUUUAAGCAGUUUGAAAGAGUAUACAUUUUCUUUUUGGAUAUUGUAAAUGCAACUAAAAUAAAUUAAUACAUGCUGCGUCCAUGAAUGGAAUGACAGUUUUCUCUUCCCUAUUCACAUGAACGACCUUUUUUUACUUCUUUCGUUUUCACGUUUUCUAUUUUUCUCCUCCAUAGAUUUCUUUUCCAUCUUUUGCAGGCUGGAAUACUGUAUGAAUGCUUGUAUGGAUGCUUUGACCCUAAAAGCUAAGGUGCUUACAGGGUCAAAAGGAAGUUGUAAA